GGAAAAAAUAUAACCAAACAGCGACCCUGCUUAAUUAUUCUGUGAUACGGUCAUAAACAAUUGAAAUGAGCUCCCAGCAAUUCCCAAGACAUGGGAUGCCCGUCUCUACUGGGGGAACACCCCAGAUCCCUGGAUGUGGAACUUUAAUGCCUGUGAAUCAGCCAUCAAACCAGUCAGUUGGAGGAGAGAUAGAGAGUAGUCGUGAUGCUGACCAUGGGCCGCAAGAUCAUCCACCAAGCGGGGGUGGAGGAACAUUGGCAUUCAGAGAUGACAAACAAGAAACUGUGGUGGUCAGACCUUAUCCUCAGGUUCAGGCACACAGCCAGCCACAAGCUCCUCCCCAGACAGUGCCCAUCCAGCCUGGUACCCCAGUGACUGUGGCUGCACCUUCUGUCCACCUCCCACAGGGUCAACCAGCAACACUGACUGAGGGACAAAUGAAAGCUGUCCUGAAGUCACCUAUGCCGAGUCGUCUUAUUGCGCCAGCACCAGCUUCCAACCAAGCCCAUCUUCCUAUACCAGCAAAGGUGCCCAGUCACAUUACCGUAACCUUGGAGAGUAGUAUUGCUGCAACACCUUCCAUUCCUGUGGCAACCAUAAGCGGUCAGCAGGGUCACUCCAGUAACCUCCAUCACCUAAUGCCAGCCAACAUCCAGAUCAUUAGGAGCAAUGCUCCUGCUCUGCAGAUUGGGACCCCUGCUGUCCCUCCUCAGACAUUUACUUCCCAUUUACCUCGGGGGGCUGCUGCUGCAGCUGUGAUGUCAAGCUCCAAGACUGUCCUCCGGCCACAAUCUGGACCCAGUGCGGGUCCUGGCCAGCCAACAGUUCAGCACAUCAUCCACCAGACUAUUCAGUCUCGUCCUGCUGUUACCACCUCCACAGCCGUACUCCCAACAGUGGUGGCCCCUAUUACAGCAACCAGAACUCAGUCUCCAGUUAUUAGUCCAUCUGUUACACACUCUGCAGAGAUGGUGCACGGGCGCCCAGGGCUAACCAUUCACUCCCCUCCUGCCACCAUUAGUAUCCAGAGGCCUCAGACGUCCCGUGACACAGCCACACGUAUUACGUUGCCAUCACAUCCAGCAAUCGGUGCUCAGAAGCCUCAACCCCCACACACAAUGACACAGAAAUCUAUCUUCAGCACUGUGACACCAGUAGCUGCAGCAACAGUGGCACCAAUUGUUGCCACAAACACUGUGCCAUCAACUACAACAAUAGGCACUGUGCCACAUACCCAAAUGACCAGCAACACAAUUGUCACCAUGACAAUGGCCUCACACUCCUCUCAUGCUACAGCAGUCACCACCUCUGCCAUCCCUGUUGCUAAAGUGGUCCCUCAGCCCAUUGCCCACACAUCCCCCCGUGUCCAGCCUGACUACCCAGGAGAGAGAGCCAAUCUCAUUUCCAUCUCGGGCCACCGAUCCUCUCCUAACCCAGUCACCAUGGAAGCCAGAAGUGACAACAGGCCUUCUGUUCCAGUGCAAUUCCAAUACUUCCUGAACACCUACUCCUCAUCUCCGUAUCCCUUGACACACACUUAUACCCCCAUCACCAGCUCUGUCUCCACCAUACGCCAGUACCCUGUUACUCCUCAAGCUCCAAGCUCAGCAUUACCCACCCCAGCUGGAGUAGGAGUGGCCACUACUGUUCACCUAAACCCCAUGCAACUGAUGGCGGUUGACCGGAUUGGUCUACAAUCUGCACAAAUCAGCACCCAGGGGAUCCAGUCUGCACCAAUUGCUGCGCAGGGCAUCCAGCCCACACCGAUAGGAGUGCAGGGUCUGCACACUUCUGCAUCAAUCACCACACAAGGAAUACAGCAAGCACCAAUAGUUACUCAGCAGCAGCAGCAGCAACAGCCACAGCAGCAGCCACAGCCCGAAGCAAAAGCUGGGGUUGUUUUGACUGAUGGCUUUGUAGCUAGCCCCAUCAGCAGCACAUUUAGUACAACUCAGCCGGUAGCCACCAUGGUGCAAGCACAUGCCCAGGGAGGAGUAGGUGGAGCUCCCACCCUGGUUUCCUCCCCCAGACCCAGCAUCCUCCGAAAGAAACCUACUAAUGAAGGUUGUGUGCGCAAGAACUUGAUCCCUGCCCAGCCCAAUGAGUCCAACAGUGGCCGAAUUGAGAGUGGUGUGAGAGGAGCGGGCUCUCCCAGACCUGCAGGUGUGAAACCCAAAGCGGAGGUCCACAUGGCUAUGGCCCCUCCUGUUAUGGCGACAGUAGAGGCAUUGCCCUCUCAAGGAGGCGAGCAGCAGGCUGUGUCCUCACCUGCCCAGCACCUCUCCCAAGCCAUCCCCACCAUGCUGGCGCCUCCCGGGCCUGUUCCGCCCUCCCAGCCAUCGACAGUGCUCUCUGCUUUGCCGGCUGCCAUGGCAGUCACCCCCCCUGUCGCUGCCUCGAUGGCCAACACUGUGGCCUCCCCUACGCAGCCUGCAGCUAGUAGCACUGCAGCAUGUGCUACCAGCUCUGCCUGUCCAGAUGUGAAGAUCAAACAGGAGGUGGAGCCAAUGGAUACCUCCCAGCCAGUUCCCAAUGUGAACCUGCCAUCAGCACCCGCUGGCAACACCCAGGCUUCCAGUGUGAACACCCCCACCUCAGGAGAUCUGAUCCCUGGGGCAUCGCCUAGAAAGAAGCCUCGCAAGCAGCAGCACGUCAUCUCCACAGAGGAGAGUGAGAUGGUGGAGACCAACAGCACAGAUGAGGAGAGGGCCACUAACAGGCCCCUCACAGGCAGGGCAGAGAGGCGCGAGUCACCCCCAAGAGAAUACGUCGAUGAGGAAGGGGUGCGUUAUGUCCCAGUCAGACCACGACCACCUGUUACCCUAUUGCGCCACUACCGUAACCCCUGGAAGGCUGCCUAUCAUCACUUCCAGAGGUACAGUGACAUCCGAGUAAAAGAGGAGAAGAAGGGUUCGCUGCAGGAUAUGGCCAAUCAGAGAGGCGUGGCAUGCAGAGCACAAGGCUGGAAAAUUCACCUGUGUGCGGCACAGCUCAGGCAGCUGUCAAGUUUAGAGCAUGAUGUGUACAGCCGACUAUCCACCCUGCAAGAAGGUCUGAUUCCAAAGAAGAGAGCAGGAGCAGAUGAUGACCUUCACCGAAUCAAUGAGCUUAUACAGGGUAACAUGCAACGCUGCAAGUUGGUGAUGGACCAAGUGACUGAGGCCAGAGAUACCAUGAUGAAAGUGCUGGACCACAAAGAGAAAGUUCUGAAGCUACUUAAUAAGAAUGGUGCUGUCAAGAAGUCCUCCAAACUGAAGCGCAAGGAACGGGCAUAAAACUGGGGCAUGCUCCUAUGUCUACAUCACCUCCGACCCCUUGGACAGGGAGAAAGAGCUGCUCAGAAUUUGGUGCUAUGAUUUGCUGCGCACAAUCGCAGGCCCUAUCUGCCUGAGCGUGGACAGAGAUAAGCGCUGGGACGGUUCAAGACCUCGCAAGCAGAAAAUCCCAUCAGGAGUAGGUUCUCAUUCAAGAUGCAACACUUGUCCUGAGUGUAGGGAAUCAUUGGUUGUUAUACCGUUUUAUUUUCUCUCCCCUAUUUUUUUGUUUUUAUAUUUCUGAAGAGCCCAAGAGACCAUUUGUAGUGACUUUUUUGUUUCUGCCUCUUCCGUCAAAAGAAUGUGUUAGAAACAACGUAUUAUGUAGACCUAUGUAAUAUUUGGCACUCUGCUUCAUAUGAUGCUGUGGAGUGUCUUAAUGGAGCAGUGUAUCUCAGAUACCUUUUGGCCUGUCCGUGAAAAAGAAUUUCAGUUAAAGUGAAGGACCAGAGUGUUGUUUUACAGAGUAAAUCCCCUAAAGGAAUCCUAUAGUAAAACUGUGUCUUGACCUUGUGCUUUUUUUCAUCAGUCUGUGCCUUCAUUUUCUUGGUGUACCUGAGAUAGACAGGGAAGUGUAAGUGCCGUCCAUGUGCUAUCAAUCAAAAGAGCCAUCUUGAAAGAAUUUAUAGUGCAAAGGUAGAGUCAAAGAUCAAGUUCACUGUUUUGUUUUUUUCUCAGUGCACCCUCCCUUAUUUUUAUUUUAAAUCAGAUUUGACCAUCCAGUGUGGCCAAGCAUUUAGCUAUCAGACAUAUGUUUAGGUUUGAAAUAUAUUCUACACAGAAAUAGAUUAUGGAAAAGAACUCAGUGAACUGAGGAAAAAAGUAAUACUAUCAGAAAACCAAAAGUGGCACAUUAUACAUAAAGAUCUUAAAGGUAUGUAGUGUCCUUUAGAUGUUUAUUUGAUAUGAGAACAAACUGUAUAUGCAUAAUGCAGGGUUACCUUUACAUGUAAAACUGCUUUGAAUCCUCCAUCAAGAUUAAUGGAUAUCAUGAUCACAAUGUACAUUUACUUGGUUUCAAAAGGUACAGUGCUUGAAAGAGUAUCAGUGUGUAAUUAGAGUGGUGGAAUGCAUUUGUGUUAAUGUAAAAACACUGUAAAUGUACUAUUUGGUUGUUUUUUUCCCAUUGACUUGGUUCUUUUCAAGUUUUGUACUUAAUGAAAUAUUUUGUGCUGUGUGACGUGGCACUUCACUUGUAGAGUGUAAAAGUAAUUGCAUUAUGACGGUGAUUACUUAACAUGUGGCAUCAAAGCCCAAGAGCAUACAGGUUUUCAUACCAACCAAGGACUGGGCCAGCGGAUUUCACUAACUAAACCUUUAAUUACAAAGGGAGUUACUCAUUUGUUAUGAAACCUUCAGAACUCUUGGGCCUUGAAUGAACAUGGUUGGGAACCAUUGCAUUACAAGAUGAAGUGAGCCUGAGACAUCCAGCUUAUUGUACAUUGUUUUUGUCUGUGUAAUUAUAGUAAAGCUACUUCAACAAUA